GCGCAGGACGCCAACAGCGCAUCUCGAAUAGGCAAGGGGGCUCAGAGUCACGGCGGUCCUCUUAACUUGGGGCUGCCUAGAGAUGGUCCCUAUCUCUACGCUUUGCCGUUCAGGUCUCCUGGACCAUUUGGCCAGCGACGACGCCUGGUAGCGUCAACCGCGCCAGGGUCGACUGGCUGUCAGUUGUGAGGACGAUCAAAAUGGCAAUAUUCCUAAUAUUAGGACACUGCAUACCUGGCUUGCAUUCAUCGAGCAGUCGGGUAUUCCUGCCAAAGGAUAUUGAGAAACUCGUCACAAGCAGCUUGCUGUGGCUUGUAUCGCGGUGGCAAUUGGCACCCGCAGAUGAUAUACAUCUAUCCGACUGGUCUACGAAGCUGGGACCGGCUAGAACACGACACGAAUCUCAGAUCUCUCUCUCUCUCUCGAAGUCUCGAACACAGCAUAUCAGCAUAGAAGUAGCACGGGGCACCUUGGGGCUAUAUCUUGCGAGACGGGUCCUAGAGCGGGUGCCUUGGGUGUCGACGAUUGGCGGCGGCUACGAGCCUGAUAUUGCGUGUUUCACAUUCCCUCGCGCCUCGUAUGAGGGAGAAGGAUGCUGCCUCUCACGUCAUACAUGCCGACCGCCAGUCGCUUAAGUAGCUUACUACGUGGAGUCGUGCAUACCGCUCUCGGAGCUGGAGAAACCCGGUCGGAGGCGUUCGUAAAAGAUCGCCUUUCGGAUCUGCGCAACCUGACGGGGCCGAGAUGGAGAGAGAAAGAGAGAGAAAGAGAGGGGAAUAAGAGGGGUGAAGCUG